GUCACUAUGAACUCAAAUGUGUUUUCAGGUAAGACAGAUGGCACUGUACUGCGAUCUGACGGGUUGCUGGCAAGCAUUUCCGUAGUGUAGUUUCUAAUGUAUUUUGACAUGGGCUUCUACUGCCUGUCCUAAAUUCAAGCUAGACAUACAUUAUUUCAUAUCCAGCACCCAGUGCAGACGAAUGCACGCGUUUAACUCUUCUGUAUGCACGUCCUCUUGGGGCACGCGAUCCUCUUUCUGUGAUACAACAACACUAUACGAAUCCGGUCAUUAUGUCAAAGCGGUGGUGCAUGCUUUAAAUUCACCCGUGGAUAUUGUGGUCUAGAUUAUAUAUGGUAAAAGCCACGUUCCCGGAGACAAGGAUGUCGAAACGGCUGCGAAAUAGCGAAGUUUGUGCGGAUUGCAGCAGUUCGGAUCCUCGCUGGGCAUCUGUGAACAGAGGAGUUCUGAUAUGUGACGGUUGCUGUGGCGUUCACCGCAGUCUGGGCCGCCACAACUCACAAGUGCGCCAUUUGUCACACACACCCUGGCCCCCCACCCAACUACAGAUGGUUCAGACAUUGUACAAUAAUGGUGCUAAUGCAAUCUGGGAGCACACUCUGUUGGACCCCUCAUCCAUAAUGAGCGGCAAGCGCAAAGCAAACCCUCAGGAUAAAGUCCACCCCAAUAAGGCAGAUUUCAUAAAAGCAAAGUAUCAAAUGCUGGCUUUCGUCCAUCGAUUACCCUGUCGAGAUGAUGACAGUUCAGCAUCCACAGAUCUAAGCAAGCAACUUCACUCCAGUGUUAGAACAGGCAAUCUUGAGACUUGUUUGCGGUUACUGUCUCUUGGAGCUCAAGCCAACUUCUUCCACCCGGAGAAAGGGAACACACCGCUGCACAUAGCAGCUAAAGCAGGGCAGGUUUGCCAGGCUGAGCUUCUCUGUGUUUAUGGGGCAGACCCUGGGGCCCCAGACUCCAAUGGCAAAACUCCCAUUGACUAUGCAAGGCAGGCUGGCCAUCAGGACCUGGCAGAUAGACUGGUGGAGGUACAGUAUGAGCUUACAGAUAGACUGGCCUUCUACCUCUGUGGGCGGAAGCCUGAUCACAAGAAUGGUCAACAUUUCAUUAUACCACAGAUGUCAGACAGCAGUCUGGAGUUAUCAGAGUUUGUGAAAGCUGCCAAAAGAAAACUACAGUCUCUCAGUGAUCAUUUGUUUGAAGAACUGGCAAUGGAUGUGUACGAUGAAGUUGAUAGAAGAGAGACGGAUGCAGUUUGGCUGGUUACUCAGAACCACAGCACCUUGGUAACAGAGACAACAUUUGUGCCUUUCCUUCCUGUGAACCCAGAGUACUCAUCAACACGAAACCAGGGAAGACAAAAGCUUGCAAGAUUCAAUGCUCAUGAGUUUGCCACUCUUGUGAUUGACAUACUAAGUGAUGCUAAGCGACGUCAGCAGGGCAGUUCAUUGUCAAGUCCUAAGGACAAUGUUGACGUAUUCUUUAAAAGUAUGAGUAGUCGUCAUGGUAGUGAAAGCCAAGAAAUCGACCAGCCAGACUAUGACAGUGUGGCAUCCGAUGAGGACACAGACACAGAUUUGCGAAUUGGCAAAGUAGACCGAACUAAGAGUUUGGACUCUGACCUGUCUGAUGGACCAGUUUCUGUACAGGAGUUUCUGGAGGUGAAAAAUGCACUUUCAGCCUCUGAGGCCAAAAUACAGGAACUGAUGAAGGCAAACAGUAACCUGAGUGAGGAGCUUAGACUGAUGCAGAAAAAGCUGAAGUCUCUGCAAAGCGAGAACAGCUCUCUCAGGCGGCAGGUCUCAGCUCAACAGCCCUAUCAGGCCCCUGACCACCCCAAUUCCUCCUCCUCUUCCUUCUCCUCUUCCUCUGCCCUGAAACACCACCUGUCUGCUCGGGCGAGCCGCCCCAUGUCUAUGUAUGAAACCGGCUCUGGUCUGAAGCCCUUUCUCCCCAAGGGAGAGACCCCUUACCCUGAGGAGACCUUCCCCACCUUGCAACCCUUCCCAACCCAUGCCUCCAAGUUUGAAAAACAAAGCAGUGUGUCUGAUGGUGACUAUGAUAACACAGUCAACGAAUCUGACCUGGAUGACUUGGGGUUUGGCCGUAGGUGUCGUCUGCGUAGCAGUGGCUGGAUGGGAGAGGGCAGCUCGAUACCGGAGCUGAAUGAUCAUGACUGUGAGCCUGACCCAAGUCUGCCCAGCACAGAAGAUGUCAUACGCAAAACCGAGCAGAUCACCAAGAACAUCCAGGAACUGCUUAGGGCUGCACAGGAGAACAAGCAUGAGAGUGCACCAUGUGAGCAGAGGGAGAGUGUUCGCAGACUUAGACACAGUCUGGGUUGUUUCAGCACACUGGUGCCUUGGGCAGACAAGCCCCCGUCUCCAAUGCAGUCACUUGGCAUAAGAGCUCCCCACGCUGCAAACCCCAACAACCCUGCCUCCUGUAGCUUUAUACCCUGCGCAGAAAGAAUACAUGUUGCUGUAAUUGAGAUGGCUGCCCUCUUCCCAAAGAGGCCACGCUCUGAAACCGUGAGGAGCUCUUUGCGGUUAUUGACGUCCAGUGCGCACCGACUUCAAAAUGAGUGUAAGAAAGCAUCUCCUCUAGAGAGCAGCCCCACAGCAGACAUGCAGUUGGUCACCCAGCAGGUGAUCCAAUGCGCGUAUGACAUCGCCAAGGCUGCGAAGCAACUUGUUACCAUAACCACCAAAGAGAACAGCAACUAACCCUGUUUCUGCCUAUUUCCAAUAGUAAUCCAACCCUGACUAUUUGCCCCAUGUUAAUCAACUGAUCAUUUUAAGGCAUGCCAUUUAAGAUUUGUUUUUUGUAUGCUGUAUUUGCAUGUUUUUAUAUUUAUUUAAGCUGUCAGUUAGCAGUGUUAUUUGGCUUAAAGCCAUAAUAUAAAGCCUGAAAUGCUCUCAAGGAAGGGUUGUAUAAAAAGAUGUGUGUAUGUUGACAUGAAUCAUCCGUGGAGCAGCCAAUCAUACAUUAAAUAUUGAGUAAAUGCCUCACUCUGAAAACAUUGAUUUUGUAACCAAACACUGUUCACAGGAAGAUUGAAUGUCCAACAUAAAAUAUAUACCACAUAUAGUAUAAAUUUUAAUGGUAUAUACAGAAUUUAAUGAAGUAUUUAAUUAAAUCUGCCUUGUCUUAUUUGAAUUGACCAGUCUGAGGCAUCUAUAA